CAGACCGAGCAGAUAAAAAUAACGGAAACAGGCAUUUUUCCCCUCUCUUGAAUAUAAUGAAUGUUAUACAAUCAAGAAUCUAAAUGUGGCUUUAAAGACGGUAAUACGAUUUGUAGUUCUGAUUUAAGUCUUCUCAUUUUCCUAAUGAAUCAUAAUAUAUUUUAAAAGAAAUAAACGUCAAACACAAGCUUUCUGGUUCUACAUCAGCUGAAGAGGAAACACUGAAGAGGACAACAGUAUGGAUACAGUGGGAGUGAAUGUGAUUGAAACAGCGGCUCUAGGGAGACCCUUCCAGCUGGGGAUGCUGUAUGACUGCAGGAAAGAUGCUCUAAUACCAGGAAUCACACUGUGGGAUCCAGAGAAGCUACAGCAGAGUCUACGAGUCCAUCCCCAAAUUAACACAAGUUUUAUAGUCAAAGCUUCAGACUCUAUUGAUGACAAAUCAUCCUUACUGAAGAUUGAUGGCUCUCUGAAACUGAGUGUUUUAGGUGGACUCAUCAAUGUCAGUGGAGCAGCCAAAUAUCUGGAGGACACAAAGAAAUCUUUCAGACAGCAGAGACUGACCCUACGUUAUCAUUCAACUAGCAGGUUUGAAGAACUGACCAUGAAUCACUUGGCGCCUGAAAAUAUAGUUCAUCGUGAGGUGUUUGAUAAUGACACAGCAACACACGUGGUGACAGCAGUGCUGUAUGGAGCAGACGCCUGCUUUGUGUUUGAUAGAGAGGUUUCAUCAGAUGAGAAAAUAAAGAUAGUAGAAGGAGAAGCAAAAUUAGCCUUUGAGAAGCUCAAAGGCAUUUCAGUAGAUGCAAACAUCAAUCUGAAGAUGAAUGACGCUCAGAAGAAAGCAGUCCAAAAAUUCACAUGCAUGUUUUAUGGCGACUUCCAGUUACCGUCUAACCCGACUACUUUUGAAGAUGCGCUGAAGAUUUUUACUGAUCUUCCAAAGCUGCUGGGUGAAAAGAAAGAGCUGGCGGUUCCUCUGAGAGUUUGGCUUUAUCCUCUCGACAAACUUCUCUCAAAAGCUUCCAAACUUCAGAAGGACAUCAGCAUGGAUCUAAUGAUUAAAACCGAAUCAGUGAUUGAGAUUUUAAAUACAACUGAGAUGAAAUGCAGUGACCUUCUGGAAGACUCACCUGCUUCUACCUUGACUGCAUUUCAGGAUAAAAUACUGCAAAUGAAGCAAAACUGCUACAUGUACAAACUGAGCCUUAUGAAGAAACUCGGCUCUCUGCUGCCAAACAUCCGUGGAGACGUGAAGAAGGAAACUGACCUGAAUGAUCUUCUACAAGAUCAUAAUAAAUCUCCAUUCAGCGAAAGAGAUCUUGCACAAUGGCUGAAAGAGAGAGAAAGAGAGUCUGACGUCAUUAAAUCAGUCCUCAGACAGCUGAAGGAUGCUGGUGCACAGGUAGAAGUCAACAUAGAUCUGAUUUUAAUGGAUCUGGAAGCUGGAAAUCUUGUCAGCUACACUUUCACAUCACUGAACUGGUCAGAUGUUCUGCUUCAUAAACAAACCACCUAUCUGACUAAUUCAAAUAAUGGAGAAACUGAUGAGAAGAACCCUGAUUCAGAGCAAAAGUCUUGGCUCACUCCUGAGAUGCAGAAGAACAUGAAGAGCAACUUGAAGACAUUUAAAGACUUGAUUGAUUCAAGAGACCGUAAACCAGCCAAGUUCAUUGUGUCCUCAAAGGAAAUGAAGAAUAAUCCAGGUUCCUGCAUUCUGCUGUAUGAAAGUGAAUGUGAUGAAGCUGUUUGCUUUAUUCCUCCAUCCAAACCAGCCUGUCCAAUCACUGAAGAGGUCAAAGAUAAUAGUGUGGUUCUGAAGGUUCCUCCAUCAUGUUCUUCUACAGUGGAGCUCAGAUUACUGUAUAAACGGAAGCAGGACACAGUCUGGAGAUCUAAACCUGUGAUGAAGGAUGAAAACACAGUUACUCUGACUGAUCUGAGAGCAGGAACUGAGUAUGAGAUCAAAUGUGCAGCACUGGGGAAACUCAACUACACCGUAUACAGUGACGUCAUCAGCAUCACCACAGAGGGAAGGAACCAGUCUGUUAUGGAAUACUGUGGCUUGAUAAAUCAAGGGGCGACCAGCUACUUGAACGCAGUUCUGCAAACCCUCUACAUGACGCAGGGAUACAGGGAAGGUGUAAUGAGACUGGAGAGAAGAGAAGAUUCCUCUGAUGGCGACUUCAUUGAAGAGCUGAAGUCACUGUUUAGUAAACUAGACAAAGAGUCUCAUCCAGUUUCAACAGUUGCAAUCACAAGGAGCCUCGGCAUCACAGACGUUUAUGAACAUGAAGAUGCAGCAGAAUAUUUACGUUUGAUUCUGUGCAAGACUUUUCAACUCCAUGAGAUUUUUUUUAUCAGAGUGAAUACAAGCGGUGCAUGCAGUUCAUGCAAGCGAAUGACAUCAAAAUGGAAAUAUUUAAUCAUAGUGAACAUCUGUCUUAAAGAAUCAGAUAAUGUGGAAGCUGCUGUGAAUGCACACAUUGAUAAAAUGCGUAAAGGUCUAUACUGCAGUCACUGUUCAAAGAGACCAACGCUGGAAAAUGAAGCUGCUGUGAAUGAACGCAUUGCUGAAAUGCGUAAAGAUCUACACUGCAGUCACUGUUCAGAGAGACCAACGCUGGAAAAUAUUAAUAGUUAUUUUGAGUUUCCACAAAGACUGGUUGUAGAAUUGGAGAAUUUCAAUAGUGGCAACAGCCAAGUAGCAGUUCCUCCACUUAUUGAGGUUUCCACCCACAAAUAUGAGCUUUAUGCCAUGAUAAACCUUUAUGGUACAGUAAAAGAUGGACAUUACAAUGCUGAAAUCAAAUCUGACAAUGGAAACUGGUAUCAAUUUGAUGACAGCCAUGUAUUUCAGGUUCCCGACAAAAUGAAAUCAUGCUAUCCACUCAGCCCACCUGCCUAUCUACUCUUGUACAAACGCAGUGAGUAUCACAUGAUUCUGUGAUGCAUAAACCAUAAUCAUUUUUAACAAGAAAAUUAUCACAGCUAAAAGCAAAUGUUUUAUUAUUGCAAAGACUAAAUGUGAAGAUGUUCUUCUAUUUAUGUUGUCGUUUAUACACAUUUAGUGUUCAGAGAUUUUUCCAACAUAAACAUUAUAUUUGAUAUUCAUUUGAUCAUUGUACUUUUGGUUUAUCUGUUGCUGUCAUUUGAUGGCAUUGGAAACAUUUUGUUCUUAGCAGGUAUCAAUGCCUGAAUCAAAAAAUGAACACAAAGCAGAAGAACAUCUCAGCUACAGAUGAAAAACUAAACAUUAAAUUAACAGAAUGUGUCCUAGAUAUUGUUUCACUGUAAAUGUGUCACAUUUGCACUCUUGUUACUUAUGCUUGUUACUUAUUGUGAUCAAUUAAUCUGCAUUUUUAUGCAUUUUUUUUCCCUUGUAAUUUUUUGUCAAAAUGUAAUAACCUACUCUGUAUGAUUCACUUGACAUUUAUUAUGCAUGUAAUGCUGUGGUUCAGUUCAGCCAAUCAUAUUCAGAUGAGACCACAGUACCGUAGUAAACACAGUACCAUUGAAUUCAGUAAAUUUGUUCAUUUAGUAAGACACAUUUGAUAGACAUUGUAUAUUAAUCAAAACAAUAUAAUGAUUAUUUUAAAUAUUAAAUAUCAUCCAUAUUAUUUUGUCUGCCGAAGUGUAAUAUUGUGUUUUAGAAUGUAGUCAUUCACGUAGCCUAAUGUAAACAAGACUGUGAUGAAUACAACCAAAGACAACUUACACUCGAUAAAGAUGCCUUGAGUUUAUAAAGAAACUGAAAGUUUCAUCCUACAGUAACAUUCUGCAUGAGAACAGAAUGAUAAUCAGCUAUCAUAAAAGACUGGAAUUAAAUUUAUUCAUGUAUAUGUCAACAACAGUCUGUUUUGUGAGCACAGGAGAUUAAAUAUAUCAUAAAUGUUUGCAUGUUACAUAACCAGAAACACUGCGUUUAAAUUUGUGUGUAGAAGGAAAUAUAAGCCUAUAUUAUACCAAUAGCAAUACUCUAGAAUCAGCGUACAACAAGCUUCUUCCUCGGUUAGUGACAUCACAAACCCUAAAAUUUACAUAAACCCCACCCCCGAGAACACUCAACAAAGGGGUGAGGCCACGUUAUCAGUGUUGCCAACUUUAUUGCUAGAAGAAAGAGAGAAAACUCUUUAUAUGCUCAUAACCGCCAGUGAUGGGAAUAACGGCGUUAUAAAUAAACGCCGUUACUAAUGCCGUUACUUUUUUCAGUAACGAGUAAUCAAACGAAUUACUUUUUCUCCUGUUACUGACAAAUAAAUCCCACGUUACUAUAAUUGAGCUCACUGAAGCGGUUUUCAUCAGCUCUCUCUCAGCCAUAGGACCUGCUAAGUUUUUUCCCUGGUGUGUGUUGGGGUUAGUCAUACACAAAUAUAAUUUUAAACUUUUAUAACUAUAAACUGAUAAUAAUGUACGAUGCUCUGUGUGUGUGUCUGAGCAUGCGAGCGGAGCGCGAGCUCAAACCAGA